AUGGCCUCGAGACCUUCGAAACGAGUCAAACUCGACUCCAGCCGGAACGAUUCUCGAUCAGUCUCACAGAGAUCGUCCCCCGACAGCAAUGCGGCAGACCCAGCAUCCAUCCGUGCGAAGAGAUCUGCCUUUCUCAGUUCGAUUUCGAGGUCAAUCUCGCCACCAGGGAUCUCGAGGUCUGGGACAACGACGCCUGGGCCCCGAGCUGAGACGAACGAGGCUCCGGGAGGGGAGGUUACUCCUCGCCCUCUGCCGUCACGGAAACAUUCUCCCAAGCCUGUCCAUAGAGACUCAGAAGUUCGCUCCACCAACUCUGAAUCCAAGCCGGUCUCUGCGAUGAAGGUCCUUCCGUCCCCCUUCAGACUCACGACGAUUCGUGACCUUCCACCUUCCAAGAAUGUCGACACUGUUUCCCUGCAUGAUAUCCUGGGAAACCCACUGAUCAAGGAAGCCUGGAUUUUCAACUACUGCUUUGACGUCGAUUGGCUAAUGACCCAUUUCGAUCCCGACAUUCGCCCCAGUGUCAAAGUGAAGAUCAUCCAUGGGUCAUGGAAGAAUGACUCGCCGAAUAAGAUCGCCAUUGACGAUGCCUGCCGAAGAUGGACCAACGUUGAAGCCGUCACGGCUUAUCUGCCGGACCGGUUUGGAACUCACCAUAGCAAGAUGUUUGUUCUCUUCACCCACGACGACCUUGCGCACGUCGUGAUCCACACCGCGAACAUGUUGGAGAAGGAUUGGGCAAACAUGACCCAGGCAGCGUGGCUGUCCCCGAUGCUCCCGCUGCUCGAGGGCAAGCAGGUGACCGGUCCCGGAAAGGUAGGAACUGGGACGAGGUUCAAGCAUGAUCUGGUGGCCUAUCUGCGCGCAUACGGAUCAAAAACAAAGGCUCUGGUGGAACAGCUCGCACAGUUCGAUUUUAGGAGCGUCAGAGGUGCCCUGAUUGCCUCUGUCCCAUCACGAAUGAAGGAGUCCUCGGCCACGCAACAUAAUGAGGCCGCGUGGGAUUUAAAACUCUGGGGCUAUCCAAGUCUGUUGCGAGCGUUGAGAUCGAUCCUCUUGCAACAGCAGCAGACCAACCCCUCGGACAAGAAACCAGGCACGGAGUCUCCCCACAUUGUUUGCCAGGUUUCCUCCAUCGCCACCCUCCCAACAAGCUGGCUGAAUCUGUUCUUCCCGGUCUUUUACUCGGCCCUGCAAUCUACUCCAUCCACUACGGCACGGGAGUGGGAACCGAAGCACAUCUCAAUCAUCUUCCCGACGCCUCAAAAUGUCGCGACCUCACUCGAUGGCUAUGCGUCGGGCGGAUCUAUCCACACCAAGGCACAGUCCGCGGCUCAGUUGAAACAAAUCGCCGGCCUUCGAAGUUCCUUGUGCCAGUGGACCAAGGGCACGACCACGGAAACAAGGGCGGGAAGAGACGAGGCGGCCCCGCAUAUCAAGACGUACGUGUGCUUCACCAGUCAGCCGACAACGACGAAUCCAAGACCGGAGGUGAAAUGGGCGCUGUUGACCAGUGCGAAUCUGAGCCAACAGGCCUGGGGCUCGCUCCGCCCAAAAGACAAGGAGAUUGUGGUGCAGAGCUAUGAGAUCGGGGUGCUUGUCUGGCCAGAGCUGUUCGCGGAGAACUUUGACGCCGAAGAAGUCAGUGAGCAGGCGGACGAGUGCGACGCAGAACGUGAAUGUGUCGAGGACGACGUCGACAACGGCAGUCACCACGCGGGAAAGAUUAAGAUGAUCCCCGUCUUCGGCAAAGACACACCUCAGGCGUCCUACCCCCUACAGAGCGCCGCUCAGCCGUUUGGGCCCGAAACACUGGUCGGCCUGCGCAUCCCCUAUGACCUUCCCCUCACGCCCUACGAGAAGGCCGACAUGCCCUGGAGUCCUCAGGGUGUGUAUGAGCAGCGGGACCGAUGGGGCCGACGAUGGCCUCGAGAUUUUGCUUGA